UACGACCUUACUGAAGCGUGAGUUUGUCUAGAAGAUGCGAAGUCGUUAUUAGAACGUAAAAACAAGAACAUUUGUCUCGUUAAAUUGGAGAACGAUAAACCAGAAGAUUCACUUACGUCAUUUAAAACGCCGAUUGAUAAUCAAUUCGACGCGUGCGUUUAUGUUUUGAUGAUAAUUGAGAAAAAUAAAGGUUGCAAUUUGCCUCUCGAAAAAAAAUGCAAAUUUCACACGCAGACCAAUAUCAUAAUGGUAUAUUCUUUCAUAAGAACAAAAUCCCUUGGCUUAUUUGAGCUGAAAUACGUCCAUUUGGUUAAUGAGUUCAGGGAAAGGAUUCGAAAUGGUGUCGAAAAUAACACCCAAGACUGUCUUGACAAAGAAUAUGUCUUCCCUGCUCCCCAGCGCUCAGCAAAAAUUUGGAUUUUCUCUACAUAAAGGCCAAAAUUGUAUUCAAUAAUUAUGCUGUGAUCGUGAAACAACCUGUCAACUUAAAGUUACGACCGCUGUACAUAAAUUAACGUGCGUCAAACCGGGGAGACACAACAAUUGAACAUCAAAGGACACCAAAGUAAGAACCCGACCUAUUUGAACAACUCGAUCGGAUCAACCACACUAAACACGUACUCUAAAAUAAUAUUAUCCGCUAGCUCUUCCCGAUGAACGUUCAGAAAGGGUUUUACCACGUUUCUACGACGAAACUCGGGAGAAGUGUUCCAACGAAGACCACAAAUGACAAUUUUUCCCCAUCGAUGAGUAGUGCGUUUGCAAAGUGCUCGCUAACUUCGAGUGCUCCUCGCGCGGCUUACACAAAGUCAUCUGUACAACCGAAAAUUAUGUCCCCGGUAACUAAUCAUUCGUUUCGCGAUCAAAGGAGAAACUAUGUGAGUGCAUUGUCUGUUAUUCCGAAAGAAAAGAUUCCCAAGAUUGUGGUAUUACCAAGCAUCGAUAAAGAUAUUGCUGUAGCGUCGGCGAAGCCGGUAUCAGCUAGAGUUCCUGCUGUCACAACUGCUCCGGGAAAAAAAAGGAACCAGACGCCGAAAAGUGAAAAAGGAAGCCAGUCGCAAGCCAGAUACAUUUCAUGUCUUCACACUUCAUUGAGCACUGAAUGGAGGAAAGCGAAUAGCUUGGACAGGGAGAAUUCUGAGGACAAGGAAAAGCAACCGCGGAGAACUUCUUCGCUGGAAAUUAAAUUCAGCUAUUUUGGCAAGAAUACUUCCCAAUGCACGCCGACAACCAGAAGUUCGUCGGAUGAAAUACGUGACGAAGGAAAAAACACUUCACUGAUAGGAAAUCAACCCCGUGGAGAAAAUAAAAGCGCUAACUUGUUUAAUCGAAACAUGGUGAAGGAAGUUACCGGAAUGGAAAAAAACAAUGUACGAAUUCAGUAUACUCCGUUGAGGAAGAGUUUUACGAUUAAAAAUGUAGUUACAGACGGGAACAGACGCGGAACAUCUGCAAACGUGGUUCUUUCUACUCGCUGUCAAGACUAUGAACAACAACGUACUCGAACAAGGAUGCUGCCAAAAAGCCGUUUUCGAGUAAAAAUUCAGAAAUGUCGCCACAAAAGCGUCAAUAUUUCAGAUUCUUUUAACGUCGUUCGAGAUAAAAGAGCGAAACCUCUAGAAAAAGCGAGUCGAAGCGUGAUCAUUCAGGAUAAAAGUCCACAGAGAUCAUUUUCUAUCCAAAAGUCUAAGGCUUUUUAGCGUUCAGUAAACGUAGCAACUAUCAUGAGGGCAAAUGUUUACGGUAACGCAAAUAAAAUAUUUUCGACGACGUAAAACUGCGUUGAAGUACUUUCCAAGGUAUUUUAUUUCGCUAAAACUAACCUAAAGUAACUGAAAUCGCAUAUUCGCAAACCAUUAUUGAUUUGAGGAUUUACCAUGUCAAAGUAAAAUUUACAUGAUGACUUGACAAUCAACUGAAUGGUGUGUUUGCAGAAAUACAGUUCGUUCCGAAUUAAUAUGACAAACUGCGAUCGAAAGAAAUGUUUUUAUCAAUUUGCCAUCUAGAUAUUAGAUUCAAUGCUACCUCAAAAAAACUAUUCUCUUACAAAAAACUUCGGCUUGUCAAAGCUGCUGAUAACAUCGAUAAAUGCUUUAAAGCUUACAGCUUUUGUCGUUGUUCUGGUACGGACUUCAUGGUUUUUCGCGAUUGGAACCAUUCGGCAAUGUUUCUUUUUAACAGCACUCUGGUAUUGUUUUUGUUUUUCAUUCAUAUUAUCACUCCAAAACGAGUGCAUUAGGCAUUCCAUUUUAUUUUAAUCAGGACCCCAUUAUGUGCAGCAGACAUCAAUUUAAGAUUAAACUAAACUGUUCACUUUUAGUCCAAAAUCGAUAUCAGGAAACAAUUCUAUUUAAA